UGUUGUUGUGGAGGCCAAAAUGGCGGCUCAGGCGGCGGUGGCUGCCCAAGCGGCGGCGGCCCAGGCAGCGCAGGCCGAGGCGGCCGAGUCGUGGUACUUGGCGCUUCUGGGCUUCGCUGAGCACUUCCGCACUUCCAGUCCGCCCAAGAUCCGCCUGUGCGUGCACUGCUUGCAGGCCGUAUUCCCCUUCAAGCCACCACAGCGCAUUGAGGCCCGAACGCACCUGCAGCUCGGCUCGGUGCUCUACCACCACACCAAGAACAGCGAGCAGGCGCGCAGCCACCUGGAGAAGGCGUGGUUGAUAUCACAACAAAUCCCACAGUUUGAAGAUGUUAAAUUUGAAGCAGCAAGUCUUUUGUCUGAAUUAUACUGUCAAGAGAAUUCUGUUGAUGCAGCAAAACCACUGCUGAGGAAAGCAAUCCAGAUCUCACAGCAGACCCCAUAUUGGCACUGCCGCCUGCUCUUCCAGCUCGCUCAACUGCACACACUUGAGAAGGACCUGGUGUCGGCCUGCGACCUCCUGGGUGUGGGAGCCGAAUACGCCCGGGUGGUGGGAUCCGAGUACACACGGGCGCUAUUCCUACUCAGCAAAGGGAUGCUGCUGCUGAUGGAGCGCAAGUUACAGGAAGUUCACCCGCUGCUGACCCUAUGUGGACAGAUAGUUGAAAACUGGCAAGGGAACCCCAUCCAGAAAGAGUCUCUGCGUGUCUUCUUCCUGGUGCUUCAGGUGACCCACUACCUGGAUGCUGGGCAGGUAAAGAGUGUGAAGCCUUGCCUGAAGCAGCUGCAGCAGUGCAUCCAGACCAUCUCCACGCUGCACGAUGACGAGAUCCUGCCCAGCAACCCUGCCGACCUCUUCCACUGGCUACCCAAGGAGCACAUGUGCGUGCUUGUUUACCUGGUGACUGUGAUGCACUCCAUGCAAGCUGGCUACCUAGAGAAGGCACAGAAGUACACAGACAAGGCCCUCAUGCAGCUGGAGAAGCUUAAGAUGCUCGACUGCAGCCCCAUUCUGUCCUCCUUCCAAGUGAUCCUGCUGGAGCACAUCAUCAUGUGCAGGCUUGUCACAGGACACAAGGCCACCGCGCUGCAGGAGAUCUCCCAGGUCUGUCAGCUGUGCCAGCAAUCCCCUCGGCUCUUCUCCAACCACGCAGCGCAGCUGCAUACACUGCUGGGCCUGUACUGUGUCUCUGUCAACUGCAUGGACAACGCUGAAGCCCAGUUCACCACAGCUCUGCGGCUCACCAAUCACCAGGAGCUGUGGGCCUUCAUCGUGACCAACCUGGCGAGUGUGUAUAUACGGGAAGGAAAUAGACACCAAGAGGUACUGUACAGUUUGUUGGAGAGGAUCAAUCCAGACCACAGUUUCCCUGUCAGCUCGCACUGCCUCCGAGCAGCCGCUUUCUACGUGCGUGGGCUCUUCUCCUUCUUCCAGGGACGCUAUAAUGAGGCCAAGCGAUUUCUGCGGGAAACCCUGAAGAUGUCCAAUGCAGAGGACCUGAACCGGCUUACAGCCUGCUCCCUUGUGCUGCUGGGCCACAUCUUCUAUGUGUUGGGAAACCAUAGGGAAAGUAACAACAUGGUGGUGCCGGCCAUGCAGCUGGCCAGCAAGAUCCCAGACAUGUCGGUGCAGCUGUGGUCAUCAGCCCUGCUAAGAGACCUGAACAAGGCCUGUGGGAAUGCCAUGGAUGCCCAUGAAGCCGCCCAGAUGCACCAGAACUUCUCGCAGCAGUUGCUCCAGGACCACAUCGAGGCCUGCAGCCUCCCUGAGCACAACCUUAUCACGUGGACAGACGGCCCGCCCCCUGUGCAGUUCCAAGCUCAGAAUGGACCCAACACCAGCCUGGCCAGCCUCCUGUGAGGCCCCUGGAGGCCACUCAGCUUCUCGGGGCCUCCGUGGGACCUGGUGUGUCCCUGACUUCCACCCAGACAGCAGUUGAGCUUUCCUUGGAGGCGUGCUGGCGUGACCAUCCCCAGGCUUCUUUCCUGACUGUCUCCAGAGCUUCCAAGUCCCUGGGGAGUGCGGAGGGCUGAUUCCUGUCCUCCCAGGAAGGGCCUGCUGGCCAUUCUUGCCACGUACCAGGAUCCAAGGCCUGCAGGUAGGAUGUUGGAGUCGACUUUGCAGAACCAUCCUUCAGAGUGGACUUGAACUGCCCAUCCUGCUUUUACAUCUGAGUCAUCUUCGAGGGAGUGUUUCUGGGUGGGGACUGGGGUGCCAGCCACUGGCCAGGUCCUGAUCCUGCGUGCCGAGACAGUUGGUGCCCCCAGGGUAUCACCACAACUUCCAUCGCCUAGACCUCUAUGCUGGGCUAGAGUGUUUGCUCAUGGCAGCUUACAGUGCCUAAAGGCAAGACACCAGUUUCUGUCCCAAAAUUAGAGGGAAGAAGAAAUUGCGCAAAAAAUGCGUGUCUCACAACAGUGCUUUUCCCAGCUUGCCUUUCUCUCCAGUGUCCAUCCUUCUGAGAGCUGGGGCCUCUGGUUAAGGGCUCUGGGGGACCCAGGAACUUGGCUUCCAAACAUCUGCACCUUGACUGGAUUCACUGUCCAGCCAUGGGGGUGCACGUGCUUGUAUGGGGUGUGCAUGUGUGUGCGUGCAUGUGUGUGCGUGCGUGUGUAUGUGUGAGGUAAUUCACAGAGCUGGAGCCUGUGUUUGCACCAGCUGCCUUCCCCUGUCAGUGUCCAUAAUGUGGGGCAGGAAGCAGGGGAGAAGGAGAGGACCUUCCUUAGCCCAACUCAGGGUGCCAGAUCAAAGAGGCUUGCUUUCUGUCAGCUCUGCAGCCUCCUUUGCAGAACAUUUGCAGAUGCCUGAAGCUCCGCCAGCCUGCAGGCAGCAGCUUCCUUGGCCCCCUGCCCUGCUUUCAGGGAGAAGGAGGAGGAGACCUCCCUGCCCUGGUCUCAGGGCAGCAUUGAAACCUCUUCUUAAGCUGGACCCCAGGAGGCUCUGCCAGGCCCAGUCAGUGGUUCUUGGUUCUGUAUUCCUCUUGGAUAUUUGAGGAGGGAUCCCAGGUGAUGGUGGCAUUGGAGGCAGUCAAGGCACCCUUUAGCUUCUGGCUCCUGGGAGCAUCUCCCCGCUGAGGGAUGGUGAGUGGUUUUGCUAGUCAGGGCUGUUUGUUGGUUCAAGUCUUGUUACCCAGCACUGUGAGGGCUGCCUCUCGAAGCCUGUGUCUGUGACGGAAGGAAUGUUGGGAUCGCUCAGGUCAGCUGCUUGGGCCCUGAGGCCUGGGUGUGCCUUAGCCACAGGCAGGGCUGUCAGCAGGCCUCCCUGCCCUGGGCCACUGCCCUCACCAGGCCUGCAUCGGGGCUAUGCUACUCACUUGGGGGCCAGCAACAGGCACACAAGUGAACCACCAGUUGAAGGGACAGCUGGCUGAGUCUAGUCCUAAGGGGACUUGUCCCCUCUGUGUCAUCCUGGGUCACCCAAAAGAGCCUGGCACUGUCCCAUCUCCAUGCGGCUGCCCCCUCGAUGACACCCCUGGGCCUUUGAGGCCUGCAAAGGAGGGUGUGACACCUGACUACAAGCUGUCCCCAUCCUGUCUUCCUCCCCGCUCGAGGGUGCCCCUCAGGUCCUCUCCUCCACCCAAGGGACAGAGCCCCGGUCUCACUACAACUGCAUCUGCAGGCCCAGACCCCACACUGUCCGACCUCUUCCGACCCACAUUUCUUCGAUCACGCUUUACAUCAUGUUUGUCUCUGCGUAUUUAUUUAAGCCUUUCUUUGCUUUUAGGGCAUUUUGUACGUAGAGCUGUUGACAUUAAGAACCUCAAAACUUAACGUCUGUCCUGAUGUUGAAGUGCUUUCAGUGACCACUCUGUUAUCUAUGUAUAUGUAAAGUUAAGGAUAAGUUCUUAAGUUUACAGUUAAAAAUUCAGUACUCAAUAUUUAAUAUUCCACUCUAGAUUUAUGGCAGCCAAACCGCGUGUAUGGGCAUGUGUGCAUGUGUGAGCUUUGAACCUCCCCUUCGCUGCAGCACCUUUCAAUUACAUAAAGCUAUCAUAAAUACCUUCCUGUGAGUCCAAAUUCAGUGCCUCACAGUUUCUCAAUCGUAAGAAUUGAAGACAGGCAGCAAGCAAGCCCCCAAGGAGACAUUACACCUAAUGCUAUAUAGCUAAGUGUUAAGAAGAAAACAUAAAUAAAAGCUCCAGAUCCUUCAGCAUACAGGGUUGUGAGGGAGUAGCAGAAAGAUUCCUGUUGGCAGGUAAAUUACUGAAAGCUGGGUCAGACCCCUUGUGUGCUUCUCCCACUUCCUCUUAUCAGCAGUGGUGGCCCUCAGGGCCUCUGGGUCUGGGAACACUGAUCCAGGAGGCACCUGACACAUAGCUGCCUCCCCCCAGUUGGGUCACCACAGUCACCGAUGGGAGAGGCAAGGGUCCUUUCCCUGGGGUAAGCACUCCCCAUCCCGCUAACUGGGAACACAGGCAGGGAAAUCAGAAAGGGCUGCCUGGCACAGUAGGUAAAUACGUUGAUUGCGUUGUCUUUGUUUAUCCUUAAAAGAAUUUUAAGUAUGUUUGGCAUAAUGUCUUUUAAUGCAUUUGUUGUAAUAUCUUCUAUUUUUAGCAGCCUGUAACUUCAGCUGGUGCUUUUAAUCAGGAAAAAAAAUGUAAAUAUAAAACCUUGUUUAAAAGAUACAACCAUAGAACAUAGCUUCUCGUUUGUAGAUUUCUUUUGCUAUAUAUUCAGAGUAAAAUAACUUGCAGGAGCCAUCA